AUGGUUUUCGACAGCAAGACACAGGAUGUUGUUCCUCUGAAAAAGGAAAAUGAGAAAAAGACGUCCGAGCUCGGGCUGACAGAGGCUGAAAUUCAACAGGCGAUCCAGAAGAGACAACUGAAGCUGCAGGUGUUCAAACACUCAGUGGAGCUCAGUAAAGAGAAUGCAGACAGAGAGAUAGCAGAAGGGGUUCAGGUCUUCACAACUCUGAAGGAGUAUGUUGAGAGAAGCCAGGCCGAGCUCAUCGACAUGAUCGAAGAGAAGUUUAGAAAAACGGAGAAACAGGCUGACAAAUUCGCCAAAGAGCUGCAACAGGAAAUCUCUCACCUGAAGAAGAGAAUUACUGAUACCGAGUCUGAAGACGACCUUCCUGUCCCCCAAAGCUCCCCAUCCCUUAACACUGCUCCACCCAUCAAGGACUGGACAGAAGUCAGUGUCCAUAAACCUUCAUAUGAUGGGACUGUGGUGAGAGCUGUGAUCCAGCUAGAGCAAAAACUCAUGGAUGCGAUAACAGAUCUGCUUGUGGCCGAGCUGAAAAGGGUCCAGCAAUACGCAGUGGAUGUGACUCUUGAUCCUGAUACUGCACAUCCUUCAUUAAUUCUGUCUGAUAACGGAAAACAAGUAAAUUGUAGUGAUGAUUAUAAGAAUCUUCCAGACGACCCAGGAAGAUUUAAUUAUUGUGUUAAUGUCUUGGCAAAGCAGAGUUUCUCUUCAGGAAGAUUUUACUAUGAGGUUCAGGUUAAAGGGAAGACUUCUUGGGAUUUAGGAGUUGCCAGAGAAUCAAUCAACAGGAAGGGAGAAAUCAUACUUUCUCCUCAAAAUGGUUUCUGGACAAUAUGUUUGAGGAAUGACAAUGACUUCAGAGCCAUUGCUGAUCCUAAUGUUGAUCUCUUUCUGAGCAGGAACCUUGAGAAAGUGGGGGUGUUUGUGGAUUAUGAGGAGGGCCUGGUCUCCUUUUAUGACGUUAAUGCUGCAUAUGUUAUCUACUCCUUUACUAACUGCACCUUCAAUGAGAAACUCUACCCAUACUUCAGUCCCAAUCUUAACGAUGGUGGCAACAACUCUGCCCCCCUGAUCAUCUCUCCAAUCAAUCACACUGACUAAGAAAAUGACUCAUUUACCAGUAUGGUGUACUGUAUGAUUAGUUUUCUUCAUACUCUGAUUAUUCCCCACCUGAACUGAUUUUGUUUGAAGCAUGUGUAACUAGUCCUGCUGCAGCUGUUAGCCUGUGUUGCCUCAUAUAAACAAAAUGGCAGUGUUACAGUUUGAUUAGUGAACCUGUUAACUCAUGAUCUCAAUUAUUUACGGCAAUUAACCAAUACUUGAUUAAUCCUGACAUCUCUAGUAUGAAGUUGGGACUUUUGGCAAAUCUUUCAUUCGCUUUUUGGUUUUUGGUAAAGCUCUUUAUCUUUCUGCAG